AUGACAGACAAUCCGCGCCUGUACAUCCCUGCUGCUUUCCUCGCAGGUGUUCUUGUCGCUUUUGGAAUCAGAGAUACUCUAUGUCUCUAUUUUGAGCGCCACUCCCGGCAUCGGCGACGAGAAGGUAGCAAAGAUGCACAGAAUGAACGACAUGCGUUUGGGGGGAUAGAAGCUAAAAAUGGUGACAUGAUUGGCGACAUGAAAUACCGCCUACCGUGCAAUCCUGGCCCACCCCCCAUUGUUGAUGGGAUAGAAGGGUGCAUCGGAAACACUCCCCUAUUUAGAAUAAAGUCCCUCUCUGAAGCUACGGGGUGUGAGAUUCUCGCAAAGGCCGAGUUUCUCAAUGGCGCUGGAGGAAGCCCUAAAGAUCGUGUGGCACUGAAUGUUAUCCAGGUGGCGGAAGAAAAAGGUCUUCUCCACCCUUACUCUGGAGACGCCAUUUACGAAGGCACCGUGGGAUCUACGGGAAUUUCACUCGCUACGUUGGCCAGAGCCAGGGGUUACUUAGCGCAUAUAGCACGUGCUCUCGCGAAAUCACACUCUUCGUCUCCAGAGUCGUCCCCAGCUCGCGCCUCUUCAAGAACCAGCCAUAACCCUCCAGCCACACACGAAAUAACUGAAACGCCAGAUGAGGAUCUGCUGGUGUCGCGAGCGGCUGGUAAACAAAGUCGAGGCUUCUUCGCCGACCAAUUUGAAAAUCCAGCUAAUUGGCAGGCCCACUUUCGAACAACUGGCCCCGAGAUCUUCGCCCAGUGCGAGAGUAAGCUAGAUGUAUUUGUUGCUGGUGCGGGCACUGGCGGCACGAUAUCAGGUGUCGCACGUUUCCUUAAGCCUCGGCUCCCCAAUAUGUCUGUUGUACUGGCGGAUCCGCAAGGCAGUGGGCUUUUUAAUCGCGUCCGUUAUGGAGUUAUGUUUGACGUGAAAGAGCGUGAGGGAACGCGGAGGAGGAGACAGGUGGAUACUAUUGUCGAGGGUAUCGGGAUUAACCGAGUUACCUUAAACUUUGAGGCUGGGAGGGAGUUGAUCGAUGAUGUUGUUAGGGUCAACGAUGCCCAAGCGAUUGCGAUGGCGAGGUGGUUGGUGGAGAAGGACGGUAUAUUUAUUGGGAGUAGCAGCGCGGUCAAUUGGACGCGGCAUUUAUCGAAGUUCUGGGAAAAAGCUGGCAAUGUUGCGGGUGCAGUUGAUACGAAACUUGAAGAUGUCCUCAAUGCAAAGGGGAGCGAGGAGUAG